AUGACACGACUGUCUCUUCCUCCUACUAGAAUCACGCCUACAUCAAAGACCUCCAUAGAUUGUGUCUGUACGAACCUGGACCAUGAAUACUUAAAUGUGACGAUCAUUAACACAGCAAUAUCAGACCACACUGCCCAACUAUGUACAAUUAGAAACAUAAUGAAACACAAAGAUCAGUCCUUGACUUCAGAAAAUAGAAUACUCAGUUCGAGAAACAUCAUGAACAUGGGGAGUCUGCUAGACCUACAAGACUGGAAAAUAGUUCUCGAGUCAGUCUCUGUAGAUGAAUCAUAUGAAAAUUUUUGCAAGAUUCUGACAAAUGCUUUGGACAUAACCUGCCCUGUCACCAAGUCAAAAAGGAAAAGAACAAAGCAAAAAGUUUCUGCAGACAGAGAGACAGUUCAACUGAAGAACAUUUUCCUUGAGGCAUUUGACAAAUACAACCUGACAGGACGAGAAGAGGACAAGAACGAUGCAAUGGCAAAAAAGAAAGCAUAUGAUAUGAAACUAAGAACUGUUAAACGACUAGAAGUAGCAAAGAGUAUUGCCCUAUCAAAUGACAAACCAAAAACACUUUGGAAAAUCAUUAAUAAUGAAAGGAAGAUGGGAGAAAGAAAAAUGCUACCAACAACUUUGCAUAUAGAAGGACGGGAAGUAAAUGAACCAGCUGCCGUUGCGAACCAUCUAAACGAUCACUUUGUCAUGAUUGCAGAUAACACUCUAAAACAAAAUGGUCAGAUCAACACUACUUUCCCAGUUCCCCAAAACCAACAUCACAACAUACCAAGCCUUUUCUUGCACCCAACUACAGAACAGGAAGUAAUCAGUGUAAUUAACACAUUCAAAGCAAAACCGUCUGCAGGGGUGGAUGGAAUAUCAGCAAAAAUCGUAAAAGCUUGCAAAGAACAAAUCCAGCUACCACUAACUGACAUUGCUAAUAAGUCUUUUGCCCAAGGAAAAUUUCCAGAACUACUAAAAGUAGCAAAAGUCUACCCAAAAUUUAAAAAAGGUGAUGUAACUGAUGCAAACAACUACAGGCCCAUCUCCCUUAUCAGCACAUUUUCUAAGGUGAUAGAGAAACUUGUCCUAGCCAGAUUAUUACAACAUUUGUAUCAACAUAACCUGUUAAACAACAAACAGCAUGGUUUUAUGGCAGGAAAGUCAACAUCUACAGCUAUAGUUGACUUAGUCGAAACUAUUAUUGACCACUUAGAAUCUGACAACAUUCCUAUGGCAAUACUCCUUGACUACUCUAAAGCCUUCGACUGUCUGGACCAUAAUCAACUUCUGGGAAAGCUUAAGAACCUGGGUAUUGAGGGGAAAGCAGCUGACUGGUUUGAGAGCUACCUUCUCAACAGAAAACAAAUAGUAGAGAUUAAACACAUGGAUAAAGGAACAAUUCAGUCUGUGAAAUCAAAAACCCAGACUACAACAAGAGGUGUGCCACAAGGUUCUGUACUGGGACCAGUCAUUUUAUUCACGAAUGACUUCUCUUCAUGUGUUACAAAGCCAUUAACAAAGACUCUGAAUCCACUCAAGACUGGAUCACAACUGCACACAUACAACACCCGACAUGCAACAAACUACUGCCUCCCUGUACACCGCCUGACCAAAUAUGAAGAGAAGCCAAGCUACAUGGGAUCCAAGCUUUGGAACCAUCUUCCAGCAGCAGUGAAGGGGACAGAUGACCAGCACCUGAGACAACGGCUUGUAUAUCUGCAGUGCCUGCCAGUGUUUGACGUGUUUCCACCACCUGGAUUUAGUGCGGGGAUCACUAAGCCUGAAUCACGGUUCGCUGAACAGUUCUCAGGAAAAACUUGGCACGCGAGGCUCGG